UAAGGAUUUAGAAGCAGACAGAAGUACCUAUCAAUGUAACAUCUGCAGGAAAAAUUUCAACCAAGCAUAUCCCUUACAAACCCACAUGAGGAGGGUACAUGGAGAUGGUAAAUCUUAUAGAUGUGGCUUGUGUUAUGUUUGUGGAAAGGUAUUCAAAAACUUACUCAAACAUCUGAAGAAGCAUAACUGGGAUAAAGAAAAACCUUAUAAAUGUGAUGUGUGUGGAAUGUCUUUAUCAGGAAAAUUAUGGAGACACAUGAUGACACACACUGGCGAAAAACGUUUUAAAUGUGAUAUUUGUCAGAGAAAAUUCAGAGCAAAAUCCAAUUUAAAGGUACAUUUGAGAACCCACACAAGAGAAAAAGCACGUAACAAUGGAAGCUGUGAGUGUGCUGUGUGUGGUAAGUUUCUAUCAGGUCAUUUAAAAAGACAUAUGAUCACACAUACUCGAGAUAAAAACUAUAAAUGUGAUGUAUGCCAGAUGAUGUUCAGGCACAAGUCAGAUUUAGAGAAACACAUGAUAAGACACACAGGUAAAAACCCACUUAAAAAUGGUGUUUCUGACGAAUUUCCCGCUCAACGUUCUGUUUUUCCAAACCACCCACUGUCACUUAAAGGUGUCAGAAAUUCCAAGUGUAAGGAGUCCUGUAGGAGUUCACGCAAUUUAAGUAGGCCAAAUAGAAGGUAUUCUCGAGAAGCUCUAGAUAAAUGUUACACAAGAGGAAAAGUGAUGAAUAAUUUAAGGUAUAAACCGAGAAACAAGAAAAGGGAUACAAGAGAAACACUUCUUACAUGUGCUAAGUGUGAAAAAACGUUAAGCAAAAAUGGACAUCAGAAGACACAUGAUGGUAAAAUACUUUGCGAUGAUUGUCAGAAACAAUUGAGGACGCAAAAAAGUGGUAAACUUAAGGAAUGUUAUGUAAAGUUAUUCAAAGAUGAUUGUCAGAAACAACUGAGGACGCAAAAAGGUGGUAAACUUAAGGAAUGUUAUGUAAAGUUAUUCAAAGACAUCGAAGGGUUUAACAAACAAAUAAGGACCAACACGGGUGAUAAAAUUCAUCAUUGCAAUGACUGUGGAAAAGUAUUCAAGGAUUCCCGAAAUUUUCAGAGGCAUAAAAUAACACAUACUGAUAAAAAGCCUUAUGAAUGUGAUGUGUGUGGAAAGAAAUUUAACCAAUCAGGUAACUUGCAGAGACACAAGGGGACCCAUAAAGGUCAAGGUCAAAAAACCUUUAUAUGUGAUGUCUGUGGGAAAACAUUCAAUCGAUCAGACCACUUAGAGGUACAUAUAAGAAAGCAUAAUUAUGGUGAAAUGCCACGUGCCGGUGAUGUGUAUGGAAAGUCAUUCAAUGAUUUAUGUAGAUUCAAAAUGCACUCCGGGAUUCACACAGGUGAGGAACCUCAUAAGUGUGAUGUAUGUGGAAAGGCAUUCAGACAAUUAAAAGGCUUAAGGAAACACGUAAAAACACACACAGGUGAAAAACCUUUUGGGUGUGAUGAAUGUGGAAAGGCAUUCAGCAGAUUGGAUAACUUAAAGCGUCAUAUGAGGACACAUACAGGUGAAAAACCUUUUGAAUGUGAUGUGUGUGGAAGGCCAUUUAGCAGAUCGUAUAGCUUAAGGCAUCACAUGACGACACAUACAGUAGAAAAACCUUUUACCUGUGAUUUGUGUGGGAAAGCGUACAAAAAGUCGGAUUACUUAAAGCGUCAUAUGAGGAUACACACAGGUGAAAAACCUUUUGAAUGUGAUGUGUGUGGAAAGGCAUUCAGCAAAUCGUUUUCUUUAAAGUAUCACAUGAGGUCACAUACAGGUGAUAAACCUUAUGCAUGUGAUUUGUGUGGAAAAGCGUACAUGCAGUUUUAUGACCUAAAGAGACAUAUGAGGACGCACAGAGCUGAAAAACCUUUUGAAUGCAUUGUGUGUGGAAAGGAAUUUAAGCAAUCGGAUACUUUACGGAAACAUAAGAGGCUGCAUUCAAUCCAAAAUCGUUAUGGGUGUAACAUAUGUGAGAAAAUCUUCAGUCGAUUUGAUAACUUACAGAGACACAUAAACAUACACACUGGCAAGAAUCCUUUUAAAUGUGAUGUAUGUGGGAAGACAUACAAUCGAUCCGAUAGCUUACAGACACACAUCAGGGUACACAAUGGUGAAAGGCCUUUUGAAAGUAAUGUAUGUGGAAAAGAAAUCUCGGAUUUGGGUCAUUUAAAGAAACAGGCGAAGACACACAAUCUCUCUAGAUGUGAUGUGUGUAACAGGACUUUUAACGACAUCAAAAAAUUAAAGAUUCACAUGAGGACACAUACAGGUCAUAAAGUUAACACGUGUGACUUGUGUGCCAAAACUUUCACCCGAUUAGACAACUUAAAGAGACACAUGUGGACACAUACAGACGAAAAACGUUACAAAUGUAAUGUUUGUGGAAGGGAAUUCAACAGAUUGGAUGCCUUUAAGUAUCACAUGCAGACCCAUAAAGGUGGCAAAUCUUAGAAAUUCAAUGUUUGUGGAAGGGUAUUUACCUGCAGAGGCUAAUGCAGACGCGUACAAGUGAUGGACCAUAUAAAAAUGAGUUUCAAACGCAUACAAACAUAAACUUCUUCUUAAAUCUUAAAUUAAUUUUUUUUUGAGUUUGAACAUCAACGAGUCACUUUGAUAUACAAGGAUAUAUAAGUUCCCACGUUUUGUCAUUCAUAGAAAAUAAAGGUGCAUCUCAAUGUAUGUGGGAAUAUUGAUAAUUUAUUGAAUACAAGUGUUAUUCUAAAAAGUGUAGGUUUUUAUUAGUUUAUUGAAUAUAUAAAGUGUUAUUCUGAAGUGUGUUGGCGAACACUGCUCUAUAUUCAUUGACACACAUCCUUACUUACACGUAUAUGGGGAAUAUCUGUAUAAAGUAAAGUGUUGAAAUACUUAAUGUAUUAAAAUUCAUGGAAAAUUCAUGGAAGAACAAAGUCCAACAAUUACUACUAUAUGGAGAUGCAUCUUUAAGCAAAUAUAAUUUCAUUUAUAAUGUAGCCCAAAAUAGAUAAUGGAAUUUCAUAUACAUGUAUGUUUUUUUAAUGUUGUUUUAUCGUGAUAUAUGUUUAUUUGAAUUUAUUUCUGACCAAGGGAGGGAAUCAGAAUCAAAUUCGUCAGAUUUUAUUUACGUUAAUCAUCAUCUUUGGAUAAUUUUUUUUUAUAAUCAUUUGUUUAUGUAUAAUUUACGUGAAGUUUGUUGUUAAAUUUUUUAAUUUAAUUUUUGCAAAUAAAAACUU